AUGGCAUCGUCGGUCCGGCGCCUGGCUCUCGCCGUGCUCGUGGUCGUCGUCGUUCUGAUAAGUGGCAUGAGCCUCGUCGGCGCAGCGCGGCCGGAGCGGGCGGAGAGGAGCGGGGACGGUGGGGCUUACUUGGCGGUGUACCCGGCGGCGGAGAGACGGGAGAUGCUCACGGCGAGGCUGCUGGCCGGGCCCAGCCGAAGGGGCGCCGGCCACUAG